AUGAUUGCUGAGGGAGCUGCUGCAGCCACCGAGGUGCCGUCGGUGCGUCGCGUUCGCCGCAUGCGAUCGCAGUUUGAGCGGCUCGUACGCCCCGCGGAUGUUGCGCCUGGUGAACCGAUGCCCAGUAUUGAGGGAUGGGCGCUCUUCCUCACCAACCUGCCACCCAAUACCACCAGCGACCACAUCCUUGACCUCUUCCUCACCCACAACGGGGCCAGUGGUGAGGGCUACGACCCGAUUCGUGAAGUGAAGAUGCCGCUCGACAAGAACUGCUGCUGCAGCGGAUACGCGCUGGUAGAGCUGGAGAGCAAAGAUGCGUUUGAGCGGGCGCUGCGCGAGCUGGAUGGUAUCGUGUUGCCGUUCGCUGAAGGCGAUGCACCAGAAGGACAGGACGCGUGGCGGCUGCGCAUCGCCCCGACGUUUCUUGGCGAGGAAGAGGAAGAGGACCCGAUGGCGGGGGAGAAACGGGCGCGUGAGUGA